AUGUCUAACAACGAGACUCAACAGCAACUUUUACCAAUGGUCAUCGCUAAAAAUCACGAUCAAAUCGAAAGAGGAGAUUUACUCGUAGCCACGACAACAACAGCAAGCAUCGAAACAAAAAAUAAAUAUGUUCAAGGAAUUGCAGGAAAUGAGCGUGACAAUUGGAGUAAUCGUGUUGUUUAUUUGUUAUCAAUUAUUGGCUUUGUUGUUGAUCUCGGUAAUGUUUGGCGUUUUCCAACAACAUGUUAUCGAAAUGGAGGCGGCGCCUUUCUUAUUCCAUAUUUUGUUUUCUUGUUCCUUGUCGGCCUUCCCUGUAUGUACAUGGAAUUGGCUAUUGGACAAUAUCACCGUCUCGGUUACAUUACAAUAUGGGAAAAAGUUUGUCCACCAUUGAAAGGUAUCGGCUAUGCAAUGUUAAUUAUUAAUUUCUAUAUUCUAUCCUAUUAUAAUACAAUAAUUGCAUGGUCUGUCCAUUAUUUUUUCGCAUCUUUUCAUGCUGCUGUACCAUGGGCAUAUUGUAAAAAUAGUUGGAAUACAAUCAAUUGCUAUUCAUUACAUGAUAAAGAAGCUGUUAAUGUAACACACAAUGGAACAUGCUCAGCAGCCGAUGAAUAUUUUGAACGACGUCUACUUAAAUCUCAUUUAUCACCUACUAUUAAUCAUUUAGGUUCAUUACAAUGGGAACUAGUUGGAUGCUCAUUUAUUGUAUUUUUUCUUAUUUAUUUAUCAAUAUUUAAAGGUGUUAAAACAGCUGGUAAAGCUAUAUGGUUUACAGCCUUAGCACCAUACGUUAUACUUGCUAUAUUACUAUUACGUUCAUUAACACUUGAUGGAAUAUUUGAAGGUUUAAAAUAUUAUGUUAAACCGUCAUUUCAACGUUUACGCGAAUAUUCAGUAUGGCAAGCAGCAGCUGUACAAAUAUUUUUUAGUCUAGGACCUGGCUUUGGUGUUUUACUAAGUUACGCAAGUUUUAGUGAUAAAAAUGAUAAUGUUUCAAGUACAGCAUUAAUUGCUAGUUUAGUCAAUUGUUGUACUAGUUUUUUAUAUGGUACAGUUGUUUUUGCUGGUCUUGGAUAUUUAUCACAUCGUUUACACACUGAUGUUUCACAAUUGACCGGAAGUAAUACAGGCCUUGUCUUUGUUAUUUAUCCAGAGAUUUUAGCAUCGAUACGUGGUGCACCAUUCUUUUCUGUUCUUUUCUUUGUUAUGGUUUUUACAUUGGGACUUGAUAGUGUAUUUGCCGGUGCCGAAAGUGUAUAUACAGCAAUAUCUGAUGAAUUUCCAAUACUUGCUCGUCGUCCUCGCUUAUCACGUGCAAUGGUUGUAUUAAUUCCAUUUUUAGCAUCGCUACCAACAUUAACCCAUGGAGGAAAAUUUGUCAUUAAUUUUAUGGAUUAUUUUGGUACAUCUCCAUCGAUAAUGUUUGUUGUUCUUUGUGAACUUAUUGCAACGGUAUGGUUGUAUGGUUUUGAUAGAUUUAGUGAGAAUGUUGAAUCAAUGACUGGACAUAAACCAAGCAUUUAUUGGCGUAUCACUUGUUGUUAUGUUGCACCAUCGAUUCUUCUUGUUCUUUAUGUAUUUUCAUUUAUUCAAUUUGAUAGUAAAGAAUUUACUUCAUUUGGCGAUCGAAAAACAGUAAUAAGAGUAAGUUAUGCCGGAUGGAUAAUGAGUACAAUAUCAACACUACCUAUACCGUUAUACGCCAUUUGGUGGUUUAUAUAUCGACGCAAAAGAAAUCCCACAACAGAAACAACAACGACAACAGGAGCAGCAGUAGCAGUUGUAGAAAAAAUACCAAUGAACAUAACUGAUGAACAGGAACCAUUUAUUUAA